AAUGGUACUAGUGCUCCUCAUAACGAUGAUCAUGAUGCUGAUGAUGCCCGCAGCAGCUACCCAGAACUGAAAUUCUUGGUGUACCACUCAGGUAUGCCAUGGGCGUUGGAUAUAGCGCGACAACACGGCAUAGAUGGAGCUCCAUUCUUCACAAACUCUGCUGCAUACGUAGCCAUCUACCAACACUUUCUUCAAGGAGCACUAAAGAUUCCCUCAGAAAAUGAUCGGUCCACUACAACGUUAUCACUGCCUUCCAUGCCACCACUAUGUUUCGAUGAUCUACCCUCAUUUCUCCGUGAUUUUGACUCCUAUCCAGCUUACCUUCAACUUGCUCUCAGCCAAUACUCCAAUAUCGGAACACUAAAAUGGCUCUUCAUUUGCACUUUCCAUAAGUUGGAAGAGGAGGUACUGGAAUGGAUGAGAAAUCAAGAGUGGCCGGUCCGGACCAUAGGACCAACGGUUCCAUCAAUGUUUUUGGACAAACAGUUGAAGGAUGACAAGGAAUAUGGCCUCAGUAUGUUCAAACCUAAUGUGGAGCUUUGUAUGGAGUGGCUAGAUUCUAGAGAAACUAGCUCCGUCGUUUAUGCAUCAUUUGGAAGCUUGGCCAGUCUAAAAAAGGAGCAGAUAGAGGAGCUAGCAUGGGGACUGAGGGAUAUGAACUACAACUUCAUGUGGGCGGUUAGAGAAUCAGAAAUGGAAAAACUUCCUAGUAAUUUCUUAGAGGAGACAUCAGAGAAGGGUUUGGUUGUGAGCUGGUGCCCUCAGCUACAAGUUCUGGCUCAUAAAGCUGUGCGAUGCUUUGUUACACAUUGCGGAUGGAAUUCCGUUCUCGAAGCAUUGAGCUGCGGAGUGCCAAUGGUGACAAUGCCACAUUGGGCUGAUCAAGCAACUAAUGCCAAAUUUGUUGAGGAUGUGUGGAACGUAGGAGUCAGAGUGAAGACGAAUAAGAAUGGUAUUGCUAUAAAAGAAGAAAUAACAAAGUGUAUCCAGCAAGUUAUGGAAGAGGAGAAGGGGAUGAAGAUGAUAAAAGCUUCAUUAAGGUUGAAAGAACUAGCUAAAGAGGCAGUCAAUGUUGGAGGAAGUUCUGAUAAGAACAUUGAAGAAUUUGUAGCAGAACUUGCGCAAAUUUAAUUCACUUUAUAUAUAUGUCAUCAAAUAAUGAAUUGCGCGAUAUUAAUCAGCUUCUCAAAGAGCUAAAGUGGCAUGGCUCACUCUCAAUGGAUGCUAAAUGUAUGUAGUAUAACUACAAUCCUCUAAAUAAGAUACGUUUCACACGUCUCUAGGAAAGCAAAAAUCAGAAUUUUCAUACU